AUGCAAAAACUGACGGAGCGCAUAGACGACCUGAAGCAGAGAAUCGCUGCUUGGGGAAAGCGAAUUCGGCGAUAUACCGAGAGGUCGACACGGUUCAACCAGAAUCGUCUCUUCCAGAGUGAUCAGAAGAGGCUCUAUAAAUCAUUGGAGCGACCAAUGGUAAGUGGAACGGGCCCAGUACCGAAUCAGGCCGACACGGUCGCAUUCUGGCGCAGCCUGUGGUCAGAGCCCGUAAACCACAACGAGGGCCCUUGGACGGAAGUUGUGGCGAGUCAGUGUGCGGGUAUUACGCCCAUGGACCCCGUCACCAUAACGCCGGAUGACGUAGCUGAGGCGGUCCGUAGGGCCCCGAACUGGAAAAGUCCGGGACUCGACGGGCUGCAUCACUACUGGCUGAAGGGGUUCGUGGUGUGUCACACUGUGCUCGCCCGACAGUUUCAAGAGGUUCUCAACCAGAAGUCGCUCCCGAGCCUCUUCACUACUGGGAUCACCCAUUUGGUUCCUAAAGGCCAGGAGCAAAACCUGGCAGACCGAGUUCGGUAUAUCUUGCGCUCAAAUAUAUUUGAUGUCGCCGAACUCGAACGGCUACGACGUGAGGCUGUUCCCUCGUCGGAUGAGAAUGCUACGGCUGAGGAUGCGGCGCCAAAAAUGUUAGAGCAACCCGUAAACGUGGAUGCCGCCGUGAAUACCCCAGUUGUGGUUGAUUCAAACGAUGAUGGAACAGUCGCCCAGGAACUGGAAUUAGAGCAUAUGAGGAGUAUAUUGGAAGAGGCGAUUGUGGAAACGCGCAGUACGCCUCUCGAAAAUCGACCGCGACUUCCCCGCAUAGCCCUAAGCAAGCGGAAUCGGGCUGUCGUGAGGGCUGUGAACCUAAUGCUGGUUACCUAUUUGGAAGCCAGCCGGGACCUUUGCGAGACGGACUCAAUUCUUUUUGGCGCCGCGCUGGCAGUCUGCCGUAUCAUAGGCGCCAAGGUUUCCACGGCUGGACGCGCUACUGGCCAUAGUAGCGCUAUCCCAGCAUGGAGAAAAAGAAUUGAGGAACGUAUCGCAAAGGCUAGAGCUCUCAUCGGCAGACUGAUAUGCUUCAGAUCAGGCAACAACAGGCCAAGAAUUGUGCGCACCGUCAGGAUGGCGUUUGCUGGGACAAAUGUCAGUUUGUCCCAGCCGGAUAUAACGCAAAAACUGACGGAGCGCAUAGAUGAUCUGAAGCAGAGAAUCGCUGCUUGGGGAAAGCGGAUUCGGCGAUAUACCGAGAGGUCGACACGGUUCAACCAGAAUCGUCUCUUCCAGAGUGAUCAGAAGAGGCUCUAUGAAUCAUUGGAGCGACCAAUGGUAAGUGGAACGGGUCCAGCACCGAAUCAGGCCGACACUGUAGCAUUCUGGCGCGGCCUGUGGUCAGAGCCCGUAAACCACAGCGAGGGCCCUUGGACGGAAGUUGUGGCGAGUCAGUGUGCGGGUAUUACGCCCAUGGACCCCGUCAUCAUAACGCCGGAUGACGUAGCUGAGGCGGUUCGUAGGGCCCCGAACUGGAAAAGUCCGGGGCUUGACGGGCUGCAUCACUACUGGCUGAAGGGGUUCAUGGUGUGUCACUCUGUGCUCGCCCGACAGUUUCAAGAGGCUCUCAACCAGAAGUCGCUCCCAAGCCUCUUCACUACUGGGAUCACUCAUUUAGUUCCUAAAGACCAGGAUGACGAUAAUGAUGACGAUGACGAUGAUGAUGACUGUGACGAUAAUGAUGAUGACGAUGACGAUGAUGUUGACGAUGAUUAUGACGAUGACGAUAAUGAUGAUGACGAUGACGAUGAGGAUGAUGAUGACGAUGACGAUGACGGUGAUGAUGACGAUGAUGAUGACGAUGACGAUGUCGAUGACGAUGUAGAUGACGAUGUAGAUGACGAUGACGUAAAUGAUGACGAUGACGAUGGUGACGAUGACGCCGACGAUGAUGAUGACGAUGACGAUGACGAAGACGAUGAUGAUGACGAAGACGAUGAUGAUGCGAUGACGAUGAUGACGAUGACGCCGACGAUGAUGAUGACGAUGACUAUCGAUGACGAUGACGAUAAUGAUGACGAUGAUUAUGACUAUGACGAUAAUGAUGAUGACGAUGAUGAUGACGAUGACGAUGAUGAUGACGAUGAUUAUGACGAUGACGGUAAUGAUGAUGACGAUGACGAUGACAAUGAGGAUAAUGAUGACGAUGACGAUGAUGACGAUGACGAUGAUGACGAUGACACCGACGAUGAUGAUGACGAUGACGAUGACGAAGACGAUGAUGAUGACGAUGAAGAUGAUGAUGCGAUGACGAUGAUGACGAUGACGACGACGAUGAUGAUGACGAUGACUAUGAGGAUGAUGAUGACGAUGACAAUUACGAAGAUGACGGUGAAGAUGACGUGA